ACUCACUAUAUAAAGAAUCUCCGAUUCCCCUGUUCUUUCGAUUACCUUUGGUUGACUCUCUGUUUUUAGAGAUUGGAAUUCUUCGUUUCUUCGGCUAAGUCUCCACCCCAAUCCUCCAAUUCUACAUCUUUCUUCACCACCCACUUCAUUAAUCUCCCUCCAAUGACUCGUGGAAACCAGAGGGAGAAAGACCGAGAAAGGGCUCAGGCUCGCAACGGUGGCAAGGGUAAAACCAAAGACGAUGGUUUGACUCCCGAGCAGCGCCGUGAAAGAGAUGCUAAGGCGCUGCAAGAAAAAGCCGCGAAGAAGGCGGCUCAGGCGGCAUCAGGAGGUAAUUCAUCCGGAGGUAAAGCUAGCACUAAGAAGUAAAAUGGUCCUGGGUUUAGAAUCAUGGAUUAUGUUGAUUUUUCUUAGCUUUGUUCUUGUUGGAACGCUGAGAUCUCGUGGUUCUUAGACUGUUUGAUAUUGGAGGAGUAACCUUCAUAUGUUUCAGUAAUGUGAAUUGAUAUAUGUAUUAUGCUGUCAACGUUCAUUGUUGAUUAUUGUUUUUCAUCA